CCACCAGCAAUAAUUACCACUGUAUUAAUUGAUCGUAGACCAAACAAGCCCUCAACGGAGACCAAUAAAGCUUCUCUCACCCAAACUCUCUCUCUAUCUUUCUCUCUCAAGCUUCACAAGCAGCAGACCAAGCUAAAGCUCAGCUCUUUUGGCAGUCAAAUCGGUGCUUCUGAAAAUGUCACUCUCAGCUCAGUAAGAGUUCUCUCAUUCUCUGUUCAAGCUUACUUGCUAAGUUACUGUUCAAUUUCUGAGAUCUGGGUAGUCUAGGGUUUCUGUGGAGCUUGCAAGUGUUCAUAAAUUUCUGAGCUUGGAGGUGUCAGUUAGGGGUUUAGGGUUCUUAUUAGGGUAAAUGUGGUGGGUUUUGGUAGGGUGAAGAAGAUCUGGGGCGCAUGAGGGUGAGAGGUGUUGUCUUCUGUAUUGGCACUGGUUUUGGAUGAUAUUUUCCCAGAGGUGUAGUUGAUAUUUUCUGGUUUUUGCUUGGGGGGGGUGGGGGGUGGGCUUACUUUCACUGCAUUUGAUGAUAUAGAGGUGAAGGGGUUCAGAAAUGGGUGCUAAUAUGUGCAAGGAAUAAGGAGGGGGCUGAUAUUUGAAUCUUUGUUUAAGUUGGGUUUGGUUUUACUGGGGCUAAAGUGGGUUUCAGUAGGUGGUGAAAGGAGGUUGCAUUUCGGGCUUUCGAAGAAAUGAGACUUUCGACUUCAUCCUCGUCUUCGGGUUUUAAUCACCAGCCUCAGGAAGGGGAGAAGAAAUGUUUGAAUUCUGAGCUAUGGCAUGCAUGUGCGGGGCCCCUGGUGUCUUUGCCUCUUCUUGGAAGUCGUGUAGUCUACUUUCCACAGGGUCACAGUGAGCAGGUUGCUGCAUCAACCAAUAAGGAAGUGGAUGCCCAUAUUCCAAAUUACCCCAACUUGCCUCCACAACUAAUAUGUCAGCUGCAUAAUGUGACAAUGCAUGCAGAUGUGGAGACUGAUGAAGUAUAUGCUCAAAUGACCCUACAACCAUUAAGUCCGCAAGAGCAAAAAGAUGUAUACCUACUGCCUGCGGAGUUGGGUGCUGCCAGCAAACAGCCAACCAACUAUUUUUGUAAAACUUUGACUGCAAGUGAUACUAGCACGCAUGGAGGAUUCUCUGUUCCCCGCCGUGCAGCUGAAAAAGUCUUUCCUCCUCUUGAUUACUCACAGCAGCCCCCAGCUCAGGAACUAAUUGCAAGGGAUCUUCAUGAUAAUGAGUGGAAAUUCAGACAUAUAUUUCGAGGCCAGCCCAAGAGGCAUCUUCUCACGACAGGAUGGAGCGUGUUCGUUAGUGCCAAACGUCUUGUUGCUGGUGAUUCAGUCCUUUUUAUUUGGAAUGAAAAGAAUCAGUUACUCUUGGGUAUUCGGCGAGCAAAUCGUCCACAGACUGUUAUGCCCUCAUCGGUUUUGUCAAGUGAUAGCAUGCACAUUGGUCUUCUUGCUGCUGCAGCCCAUGCAGCUGCCACAAAUAGUCGCUUUACAAUAUUUUAUAAUCCAAGGGCUAGUCCAUCUGAGUUUGUGAUACCCCUGGCCAAGUAUGUUAAAGCUGUCUAUCAUACACGGGUUUCUGUUGGCAUGCGAUUUAGGAUGCUGUUUGAAACAGAAGAGUCAAGUGUCCGUCGAUACAUGGGUACAAUAACUGGUAUCAGUGAUUUAGAUUCUGUGCGUUGGACAAAUUCACAUUGGCGCUCUGUGAAGGUUGGCUGGGAUGAAUCCACUGCAGGGGAGAGGCAGCCUAGAGUUUCAUUGUGGGAGAUUGAACCACUAACAACAUUCCCAAUGUAUCCAUCCCCAUUCCCCCUCAGACUGAAGCGACCAUGGCCAUCGGGCAUUCCCUCUUUCCACGGGCUCAAAGAUGGUGAUAUGGGCGUUAAUGCUCCACUGAUGUGGCUCCAAGGAGGGGUUGGAGAUCAGGGGAUUCAAUCUUUGAACUUCCAGGGAUUUGGGGUUACUCCCUGGAUGCAGCCGAGGCUUGACGCUUCUAUGGCAGGUCUACAACCUGAAGUAUACCAAGCAAUGGCAGCUGCCGCACUUCAAGAAAUGAGGACAGUGGAUUCUUCUAAAUGUGUUUCACAGUCUCUUCUGCCCUUCCAGCAAUCUUCAAAUGUUUCUAAUGGGCCGGCUGCUGUGCUUCAGAGACAGGUUAUACCGCAGUCGCAAUCUCAAAAUACUUAUCUUCAGAGCUUUCAAGAAAACCAAGCUCCUGCUCAGGCUCAGGUUUUGCAACAACAGUUGCAGCGUUACCAUCCCUAUAGUGAUCAAAGGCAACAACAGCAGCUGCAGCAGCACCAGCAACAACAGCAGCUGCAGCAGCAACAUCAACAGCAGCUUCAACAAUCCCAUCAUCUGCACCAAUUGUCUGUUCAGCAGCAGAUCCCGAAUGUUAUGUCUGCUCUGUCCAAUUUUGCCUCUGCCACUCAAUCCCAGUCUGCAUCUCUGCAGGCUAUCCCUUCACAACCUCAGCAGCAGAGCUUUCCUGACCCUGUUGGAAAUCCUAUAUCUUCAUCUGAUGUUCCCCCUAUACAUAGUAUAUUAGGUUCCCUAUCACAAGAUGGAGCAUCCCACUUACUUAACUUAAGUGGAUCCAACUCUGUAAUUUCGUCUUCCUUGUUACCCAAGCAGAUCACAGGCGAACAGCAGUUAUCAUCUGGAGCUGCUCAAUGUGUACUACCUCAGGUGGAACAGUUGGGAACACCACAGUCAAAUAUCUCUGAGCUCACUGCCUUGCCUCCGUUUCCUGGUAGAGAGUACUCUGCAUUCCAAGGCGGUACUGAUCCCCAAAGCAAUCUUUUGUUUGGGGUGAACAUUGAUUCCUCAUCUCUUAUGCUGCAUAGUGGGAUUCCAACCCUGAGAAAUAUUGGCAAUGGAAAUGAUUCAUUGUCUAUGCCGUUCGGUGCUUCCAGUUACACCAGUGCCACGGGCAAUGAUUUUCCACUUAAUUCAGACAUGACUACUUCAAGUUGUGUAGAUGAAUCAGGUUUCUUGCAGUCUUCAGAAAAUGUGGACCAAGUAAAUCCAACUCGAAACUUUGUGAAGGUUCACAAGUCAGGGUCCUUUGGGAGGUCACUGGAUAUUUCUAAAUUCAGCAGCUAUGAUGAGCUGCGCAGUGAGCUCGCACGUAUGUUUGGCCUUGAAGGCCAAUUAGAGGACCCUCAGAGAUCAGGCUGGCAGCUUGUAUUUGUUGACCGGGAGAAUGAUGUUCUUCUCCUUGGCGACGACCCUUGGCAGUAAGUCCCAAAUUGUAUUUCAUCAUUUC